AUGCUUCGAACGAUCGGCGCCUCGUCGGCCGCGCUUCGGCGCGGCGCCUCGUCGGCGGCUGCUCAAUGCGGCGGCGCUGGCCCCGCCUCGACCAUCCCCUCGCUUCCGAUCUCCCCGUGCCAUUCCCGCGCCGCUCUCGCCCUCGUCGCUCUCACCCGAUCACUAGCGUCGCUCCACUCGCCACCAGUCGCCCCGCAAAUUCCGCUCCCGCAACUAUCGCAAAAUCCCUCUCCCACUCUCACACCCGCUUCACAGCAGCAGACGAGCCAGUCUCAACAGCAGCGGCGGUCGCUCCACUCCCCCGCAGCCCUUCUCUCCGCUUCCGCCUUCCGCCUCCCGUUUUCCCCCCUCCACUCCGCCUCCCGCGCGCCGUUCUCCUCCUCCGCCGACUCAUCUGCGGAUCCGACGGAGCAGCGCAGCCCGCCGACAGAGCGCGUGGUACGGCUGGCGGACGAGAUCGUAGGGCUGACGUUGCUCGAGGUCUCAGAUCUAACGGCCCUGAUCCGCAAGAAGCUGGGAAUGGAAGAUGCUCCGAUGGGCGGCAUGCCGAUGGGCAUGAUGAUGAUGCCGGGCGGCGCGAUGCCCGGCGGCGGCGGCGGCGGCGGCGGCGCGGAAGCGGGUGCGGCGGCGGGCGCGGCGAAGGAGGAGAAGACGGCGUUCGACGUGAAGCUGGAGGGGUUCGACGCGGCGGCGAAGCUGAAAGUGAUCAAGGAGGUGCGGAGCAUCGCGGGGCUGGGGCUGAAGGAGGCCAAGGAGUUCGUUGAGAAGGCGCCCAUCGUCGUCAAGGCCGGCGUCAGCAAAGAAGACGCCGCCGCCAUCGCCGAGAAACUCAAAGCCGUCGGCGCCACCGUCGCCGUCGAGUGA